UCGGUAGAAUCCACAACUCUGCGAUCAACCUGCGUAGCUGUAUGCGUUUGGAAGCGGCAUACAGUUCUACAAAGGCAUAUUGAGGACAAGAGAAGACAGCGAGUUGGACAGCUGCUUUUCGAAUUUGCAGCGUGCGUGCGAAGCGGAAGGAUCCGCUGAAAAUUCUGCAAAAAGCUUGGCGCGAAAAUUCUGCAGCCCCGGCUGUAGACGACGACAACGACACUCGUUUGAUUUCCUUUGUCUUGCGCUGUUUUGAAGUCCUUCGGCAGAUUCUGCUUGCAGGUCCUGCCUUAGGCACGGGGUUUCCCCUAAGGUCAAAGAAUACUGAAAGAAUUUGAUUGUAAAUAGAUCUACUGCCUUGCUUGCAAGGCCGUCCUACAUAGUCUUGGACUCCUAAAGGACGUAAAUGG